AUGGCCUAUAAUGCGAUCUACGGUCAGCCAUUGUUGAACGCAGUUGGAGCCAUCCGCUAUACCUAUCACCAGGUCAUGAAAUUCCCAACUAGCAGGGGAGUUGGGUGUGUGCGAGAGGACCAGCAAGCAUCCAGGAAAUGUUAUGUUGACAGUAUAUCAGUUAAGGGAACACCACCGAUCAUGAUGCUCGAGGUUGAACCUCCGAAGGGACGGAUCAAACCACUCGACAUGAUUGAAAGGAUCUCCAUAUCAAAAGGAUGGAGUUUAGCAUUGGGGACGCAUCGCCUUGGCGUCCUCCCUGGAGCUAAACCAGUGAAGCAAAAGAAAAUGAACCUCACAUCCGAAAGGCAGAAAGUAGCAAAAACAGAGGUGAAAAAGCUACUACUAGUUGGUUUCAUUCGGGAAGUGCAGUAUCCCGAGUGGCUGGCCAAGAUCGUGCUAGUAAAGAAGUCUAACGGGAAAUGGCGCAUGUGUGUAGAUUAUAUCGGGCUAAAUAAAGCAUGCCCGAAAGACUCAUACCCACUUUCCCGAAUAGAUCACCUGGUCGACGCCACAUCAGGUCAUGAAAGGUUCAGCUUUCUGGAUGCAUUUUCCGGGAUUGAGGUAAACCCUGACAAGAUACAGGUUAUACUGGAAAUGAAGAGCCCACUAGUAAAAAGAGGUUCAGCGGCUGACAGGGCGCGUGGCGGCCCUUACUCGCUUUAUGAGUCGGGCGGCGGAUAA